AAAGCUGAUGAAAUGCAGAACGCUUUGAUGGCCAAGGCGGCUGACCUUAAGAAAGAUGUUGAUGAAAUACGCCGUCAGAUGUCUGACAAGAAGUCUAGUUCCGAAAAAGACGAGGCUGAUGGUAAACAUAGGAAAAAGUCUGCGUCAAAAGGUAGGAAAGAUAGUAAAAGUGAGGUGAAGGCUGCUUCACAAGAUUCCCAAUCGGAACUUUCAAAAUUACAGAGUCAGCAUGAGGAGAAAGAUGAUGGUAUGACUAAAGAGUCAACUGCAGUGGAAGGUGAGAAAGUUGAGGAUGUUAAAAAUGAGACCAAAAGUCAAAAUCUGCAGAAAAGUGAAGAAGAGAUUAAAGAGAAGACUAGAGAUGAGUCUGCGACGGAGGAAGAUCGCAGUUCUAGCAGAGAUGAGGUGUCGGUUAGAAGCAAAAGAUCGAUUGAGUCGGGUUCUCAGGUUAGUGAAUCUGAUAAAGAAUCUGUGAUUCAAACAGAAAAAGCGGAUGAUAAGAAGAGUGAAGACGAAAGUAGAAAUUUGGUUGAUGGGGAGAAAAAAGAAACAGAAGAGGUUAAAAAAAAUACUGAGGUGGAAGAUAAAAAAGAAGAGAUGAAUGUUGUACAAGAAGUUGAAGGUAAUGACAAAGAAAAAACUUUAGCUGAAGAUAAAAAGGAAAAAUUAGAUGAAAAAGCAGAACAUGAUGAGCACUCUGAAAAAGUGGAAUCGAUGAAAGUAAAAUCGGCCCAAGAGACAGUGCCUCAAGAAAGCUCACCGUCAGCACCAAAGUCUGUUGACAAACAAGAACCAGAAGGAUCGGCUUCUGAUAAUUUACGCCACAUUGAUAGUUCGUCGAGUUCAGCAAAGUCAUCAAGAAAAUUAUCACAUUCACGACCGUCUACUGGCAAGAGCAGAAGAGCUAGCUCAAAGUCUUCAUCGAAAAAAAGUCUUUUCGAAAGUUCAGAAGAACGUUCCCCCGAUCGAAGUGCCAUUGUUGCGGUCAUUGAGAGUCCAGAGUGGGAUGAGGAGGAUGAAGAAGUCGCCAAAGAAAUUCGCGAUGUUGUUGGCGACGCUGAGCCAGAAGAAGAUUCUGAUGCAGAAGACGAAGAUAGUUUGGGAGUUCUCAGAGUUAUACCGAGCACGAGUGAAGAAGAAUCUCCAAGGCGAUUGAAAAAAAUUUUAAGAGAAUCAAAGAGAGAUAAAUUACCUCGAGUUGAGAGGAAAAGCAUCGGCAGUCCGCGAGGUCUUCGUAUACAAACUAAACAACGUCGAGACAGCGGAGGAAGAGAUAGUGGAAUAGAGCCUAGUCCAAGGGUUUCUAAGAUACCGAAGAGAACUCUUAAAUGCUAUCCCAAUACUGAGAAGCAACAAGCACUGAAUAUUGACACUAUUACCCGCGAUGUACAAAUAAGCUUACGGAGGUAUCAUUUGGAAAGAAAAAUAUUUUUUCAAUUAAUGGAACUUAAGAGACUGCAGAUACGGCAUGGGAGAGCUAAUGAACAAGUUUUAGUGAAACGACAAGUUGAAAUGUUUCAUAAAGCUGGAAUGUCUGGCCCAGCUUUGGGAGUCGCUAAAUAUGAUCAAGCUUACACAUUCAAAGACUUUGAAACUUUUCUUUAUGAACAAUUGCGACGUUUACAAAGAAGACCACCGUCAUCAGACAAGUGUACUGACCCAAAACAAUGCACAAAGAAAACCCACCGCUGUCAUCAUGCAACAAGCGCUUACACUUCAGUGCCUGUAUUCACUUACCUGGGCGGAGGAAGCCAAGAACGAGACGAGGGGUCUCUUUUUCCAAGAAUAGAGAGUCGGGGAAAGGGUCAAAUGACGGUAGUCGAAGUAACAAGAGGUGAAGAGAAGCAAAUUAUAGCCUUGCCAGCUGAAAAAUUAGAUCGCACAAAAAGAUACUUUGUCACGUUUACUGUGAGGGGUGAUAACGAUGAAAGUGAUAUCAAGACUCCGCGCAAUAACGCACAAAGAGCGACCAAAAGCGUGUGA